AUGUCUCAAAAUAGUUAUCAAACUAAGAAGCACUUUGUGCUGGUACACGGGUUCGGGCAUGGAGCCUGGUGCUGGUACAAACUCGUGAGCCUUCUGAAGAAGGACGGGCGCCACAGGGUCACGGCCCUCGACCUCGCGGCCUGUGGGGUCCACCCGAGCCAGCACCACCACGUCUCCUCCUUCUCCGACUACGCCCGCCCCCUCGUCGAUUUCCUGUCCGCCCUUCCGGACGACGAGAGGGCCGUCCUCGUGGGCCAUAGCUAUGGAGGCAUCCCGAUUUCGCUCGCCGCCGAAAAUUUCCCUGAAAAAAUAUCGUCGGCCGUUUUCGUCACGUCUUACAUGCCUAACUGUACCGACCCGAUUGCAACUCUCGUUCAGGAGUUCUUCAAGAGGAACUCGAACAAGUCGUUUAUGGAUUGCGAGUUCACGUUCGACUCGGGAUCUAGGGACGUGCCGACUCGGGGUAGGCUCGGCCACGAUUACAUGGCGGCCACGGUUUACAAACACUGCGAAUCAGAGGAUUUGGAAUUAGGAAAAUUGCUGGUAAGGCCUAAUUUGUUUUACGUGAAGGACUUGAGCAAGCCAGAUUUGCUGUCCGAAGAGAGAUAUGGAAAAAUCAAACGUUGCUAUGUAAUAUGCGGAGGUGAUGACGUCGUGGACGAGGAAUUUCAAGCGUACAACAUAGAGAAGAGCCCACCAGAUGACGUCAUGACCAUAGAUGGGGCUGGUCAUAUGGUGAUGCUUACAAAACCUCAGGAGCUGUGCCGUUGCUUGCUGGAGUUGGCUGAGAAGUAUGAUUAG